GCUUAGUCCAGGCUCACGGACCACGGAGAUAGCCUGGAUAGAUACACUUGACGCAGUCCUCGAGCUCUGGCAUAUCCUCAUCAAUCAACUAUACCAACAAUACAACUCCAUCAUGUCAGAUCGAGAAUUCAGCUCAAACGACGAUCUGUCGCUUCCUAAAGCGACGGUCCAGAAAAUCAUCACAGAGAUCCUCCCGCCGUCCUCCGGGCAGUCCUUCUCCAAAGACGCGCGCGAUCUCCUCAUGGAGUGCUGCGUUGAGUUUAUCACUCUGAUCUCCUCCGAAGCCAACGAUAUCAGCGAGAAGGAAGCGAAGAAGACUAUCGCCUGUGAGCAUGUGGAGCGGGCUCUGCGUGAUCUCGGAUUCGGCGAUUACAUUCAGGAUGUCCUUGCCGUCGCGGAAGAACAUAAGGAGCAGUUGAAGUCGCGGGAAAAGAAGCAGAGCAAGAUGGAGCAGAGCGGGCUAUCGGAGGAGGAACUGCUCCGGCAGCAACAGGAGCUAUUCCGCUCUGCGACGGAGAAAUAUCAUUCUGCUGAGUAAAGUCGUAUCUAUCUAUGCCUGAGAAUGCAUUAUGAUGGACUCGUGCUGGUCAUGGAGCAAAUGAUUGGAGUUUACACUGGGUCGUGGAGUUAGAGGGGUCUUAUUUUGUUUUAUAUCAAUGGAAUAUCAGCUCAGACUGUCCAUUAAGCUCUAUAUUAUAAUAAUACGCGUGUUGUUUUAUUUUGUGUUCACAUGAAUUCAUGUACGUGCGAUGUCCUCAGUAAGAUCUGCGGUGAAAUAUAUAUUGUUCUAGUCUAGAGUUCUCGCAGAAGACAUACAACCACAAUGCA